CCCACUGCCACUGCCACUGACCCCAUCGUUGAAGAAUGAAGAAGAUGACACAAAUCAUGAAAAUGGAGACAGAGUCGCCUCUGCUUCUGUUUCUGCAUACACAAAUAUAACGUUGAUCUUCUUCAUUCGAAACUACAAGAGAAAUAAUUAUCCUUACUGAAAAUCCUCUGCGUUUCGAAAAUUUUCACUCUCCCGCGCCAAAAAAUCGAACCACUCACUUCGCCAAUCGCUUAGUAAUUUUAUUUACCUUUUAUAAUUUGUUCUCCCGCGACCUGAGAGAUUUCAAGUUACGAGUUCGCUUGCUGAGGUUAACAUUUGAAUCUGCUCUUUAAGUUUGUUCGCGAUUUGACAUUAUUAGGCGCGGCGAGAAUAUGAGUCCAGCGGACGAAAACCAAGAGCAAAAUCACCCGAAACUUUUCUCAAUAAGACAGUACACUCUUUCUUGUCGUCAGAAGAACUUAUUUCAUUGUUGGCCAUUUCCAGUCAAGUAUCUGCUUCUAUGUCUGAGCCAUGGUGUCAACAAUAUUUUGCCACCACUUGAUCUCCCUCCCUAUGUCAUUCAAUCAUCCGAACAUGUCCGCUCGAUCGAUUGUAUGCAGAAAGACAACAAAGACAAUCCCAUUGUUGUAAAUGAUGAAGGGCCAGACAUCACAGAGGAAUCAGCUGGAAAAAGAUCAUAUAAUUCCAGACAACUCUGUCAUUCAUCAGGGAUUAUGUCCCGUGAUGUUUCUUCUAAUAUGUUGUGUCCUGAAAGACAAGCUCUGAGCACUCCUACAACUCUGCAUUCAUGUCUAGAUGUUGAUAAAUGGCCAAUUCGGUCAUUGGAUUGCUCGAGAAUGUCGAGGAAAAACGACAGAAGUCGAAAAGGGAAACAAAAGAAACGGUGGAUGGUGGAUAUUUUGGCAGUGGCAAAGCCUUGUAGUUUGGAGGAUCUCUAUAAAAUGAACAGAGAGAUUGAAAAUGGGUGCAACUCUGAACUUGCAGAAGAAUGCUCAAAUCAAAAGCUUGAUAUUAAUUCAUGGUUUUGAAGAGAAGGCUAUCCGAACUUGUUGGGAGAAAACAGAUUGAUCUUGAAAGGUCAAAUGCAUAGGUUGCAGAUCCAAUUGUUAAAUCUUAAGUCAAAUUUGUGGGAGAGCUGCGAGAUAGAUGAAUUAGAUUGAGGUUUAAGGAAGAGCCUUCAACACUUAACAGCGGCAUUUCAGUUGGUAUUUAUUUUGAGCAAAGGCAAUAUUUUGAAUGCUGUCUCGAGUAUAUUAUGAGUUGAGGAAUGUUUCGACAAAAAAAAUAUAUUAGAAAAUAUUUGGCUCCUUAUCGAUUAGGACCAAAUCUUGUCCUUACAAUCAUUGAAA